GAAAAAUCUGUUUUAAACAAAAUAUUAUCACUUUUUUUUGUGUCCACAGUUUGCGGUUGUUUUGCGGACCAAUUGUGUGAUAUUUAUUGUGGCGGCAGCUCUUCCGGAAGCGAUGAUAAGUGAUGUGAAACACGUGGUGUUAGUGCUGUCCGGCAAAGGAGGUGUCGGCAAGAGUACAGUCGCCGUACAGUUGGCUCUGGCCCUCACACACGGCGGCAAUUAUAAGGGAAAGGACAGCGCAGUCAUAUGGAGGGGUCCGAAGAAGAACGCUAUGAUUCGCCAAUUCCUAACUGACGUUAAUUGGGGUGAAUUGGAUUACCUGAUCGUCGACACCCCUCCCGGCACUUCCGAUGAGCACAUCUCUGUGGUCGAGUGUCUCAAAGAGUUCCGCAAUCCGGACGGAGCCGUUCUCGUGACUACACCGCAGGCCCUGUCCAUCGGUGACGUUCGCCGAGAGAUCACGUUUUGUCGCAAAGGAAAUAUCAAUAUAUUAGGAGUCGUCGAGAAUAUGAGCGGUUAUGUGUGUCCGCACUGUUCGGAUUGUACGAAUAUCUUCUCGACGGGUGGCGGAGAAUCGUUGGCCAAAUACGCCAACAUUAAGUUCUUGGGCCGCAUUCCGAUCGACACUCAAUUAGGCGAAUGCACUGACGAUGGCAUCGAUUUCAUACACAAUUUCAAGAACUCAGAGACCGCUCAAAGGUUUGACAGUUUGGCGAAAAAUCUUUUUAAUGAAUAGUCAAUUGAAAUUGAAUUAUAAGUUAAAAUUAUCCUAUUUUAUACAUUUUGUUAAAUCAAUAAAAGUAUAUUUUGAGUCAAAUAUA